AUGGCUGUACCAGAAAAAUAUCAAAACAUUUGCACUUUCUACAAGUACUAUAGUGGCGAAAAACAAGCACCUGUUCUUACCAUAUUUAUUGGAGGAAAUCAUGAAGCGUCUAAUUACUUACAAGAAUUACCUUAUGGUGGCUGGGUGGCACCAAAUAUUUAUUAUCUAGGUAGAGCUGGAGUAGUAAAUUUUGGAAACUUAAGGAUUGGAGGCCUUUCAGGAAUAUUCAAGGGUCAUGACUACCUUCAAGGGCUUUGGGAGAGUCCACCUUAUGCACAAAAUUCAUUGCGAUCAGUGUAUCACAUAAGGGCUUUAGAUGUUUUUCGUCUAAGUCAGCUUAAAGAAGAAGUACAUGUUAUGUUAUCACAUGAUUGGCCCAGGGGUAUUACUGAUUACGGAGAUAAACAAAAUUUACUGAAAAGAAAGCCUUUUUUCAGGGAGGAUAUUGAAUCAAACCAAUUAGGCAGCACACCAGCUGAAAAACUUCUACAUUUACUUAAGCCUGAUUAUUGGUUUGCUGCUCACUUGCAUUGCCAAUUUGCUGCUCUUGUUAAACAUGAUAAAGUUAAUAAGGAAACAAAGUUUUUAGCUCUUGACAAAUGUCUGCCAAAGCGAAGGCAUUUACAAAUACUUGAUCUGUCUGUGUCAUAUGAUGGUGAUAAACUAUUAAAACAAGAUGCUGAAUGGUUGGCAAUUUUGAAAAGUACAAAUCACUUGUUGAGUGUCAAAAACAUUGAUUGUCAUAUGCCUGGACCAGGCACAAAUGAGAGGUAUAUAUUCAGCCCCACUAAAGAAGAGAAACAAAAUGUGCUGGAGAUAAUGAAGACAUUAGAAAUAACGAAUGACUCAUUUGUUAAAACUGCUCCUACAUACAAACCAGGCACACCAAGAAGUGCAUCACUAGAACCUGUAAUGAAUCCACAAACAGUUUUGCUAUGUGAAAAACUAAGCAUAGAUGAUCCAUUACAAGUUGUAAUGGCGAGGGCAGGCAGGACUAUGAAACAACCUUGUAUAACAGAAUCCAAUGUCACAAUCCAGUGCACUGAAGGAAGUCCAGCAGUUAGGACACCGUUAAAAUGCUCCAAGCUAUCCUUGCCAGCACCCGUUACGCCCACAGUAAACAACGAUAUUUCCCAAACAGAUUCAGAAACAGCCUACGGCACAUCAAUAUUGGAUAUGUCACUUCAAUUC